AACAAAAUUGCAUCUCAACAAACCUUAAAAAUGAUGCAAAACCCAACAAUAAAUCCCAACCUUAUCAAUUUACCAAACAAUCUUCAAAAUUUGGAUACAAAAAUGUCAAAAAAGCUAAGACAAAACUGUCUGCACCUCGACGUGCCAACAAAUUUCGUCAAAAUCAUAAUUUUUCUUGUUCUAAUAAAUGCAAAAUUAUUGAAUGCCUUAAAAUGUGUUUGUAAUGUAAAUGAUUGCGAUAUUAUCAAAGCAGAUCAAUGUCCUGGACGGGGUGUACUCGUGUGGGAUCCAUGCAGAUGCUGCAAAGUAUGCGCGAAAACAGUUGGUGAGACGUGCGGUGGUAUGGGUGGAUUUUCAGGCACGUGUGAGCCGCCACUUAGAUGUAUAUCAAAGCCUCCUAUUAUUGGAACUGGCAUUUGUUUAGAACUACCCUCAUCCUUAUCAUCAUCAUCAAAUAUCAGCAUUAAAUCACCAAAGAGCAAGUCACCGUCCUCAUCAUGUCAAGAGAAAAUUGUAAUUCAACCCGGCUGUGAAAUUGUUGAUCGCCGUUGUCAAUGUUGGAUGAAUCCAAUCAAUGUGUGUCGUGAAUCGAGUCUCGUCAAGUGGGAUUUUGUCAAUAUUGAGGAGUGUGAGCUCAAUUUAGCGAAUCUCGUUAAAUCAGAAGUGGAAUUCGAUGAGGAUUACACAAUGCCCCCAACAAGUUACGAACUCAUCAAAAAGCUCAGCAAGCGAAGGAGAAAAGGCGAAAUGCACCGACACCAGCGAGAGUCAAAAGGUCAAGUCACAUCAUGAUUACAAGACUCAUCAAAUGACUAAAUUAGGAGACACUUUUUCUAGAUAAUGUGACGGAAUGAAGAGAUGAAAAUAAAAUUUUUGUAUGUGUAAAGAACGCGUCAGCAUUAAUUAUUUGUGAAAAUAAGAAUUGAUGUACAAUAAGCCAAAUAAUCUAAUCAUGAUAAGAAUUGAAAUAAAUACCUAUAAAUAUUAUGAAACAGAAUAAAUAUACGAAUAUACAAAUUAAAUAAGAAUAUUACACAAUAAAUAUCACACAACAAGAUGACAACAGCUCAGCAUAUCCGGAUGUAAUUUGAGAUCUAAAUCAACAAAUUGAUUUGAUUGCGGUUGCAAUGUUGGGCAUCUUGAGUAAUUAUAAACAUAUUUUGGUAUGGUCGACCUAAGUCAACUUGGAUGACAAAGUGUUUUUAAACAAGAACUGAAAUUCAACAUCUAGGAAGGCAAAAGACGAAAAUUAAAAAUGAUUUUGUAGAUUUUUUAAAAUUUUUAAAAUUUGAUUUUUGACUGUAAUGUGAUUAAUUUUAAACAUAUCUGGACUUCAUAUCAAGUUAUGGAACAUUUACAAAAUUAAAACUAUAAUUUUAAAACAUUUAUUUAAAAAAUUCAAUUUAAUUU